AGCAUCAAUUUUGGGAGUCGGAAGCAUAGUGCAGCCUGUGCUAGCGCCCGAGAUUCAGGACAUGGCGGCCCUGGCGGCAGGCCAGGCCGGGCUGGGCCAGCCGCAGGCCAGCCCAGCUGACAUGAUGGUGGCAGAGCUGAAAGGUGUUUCAGACAUCAUGGCCAGGAUGCAGCUCAGCUGCUACAGCAAGUGCAUAGCAAAUGUCAAGGAGGAGAAGCUCAGCGUUGGCGAAAUGAGCUGUGUCGACAGGUGUGUGAAUAAGUUCAUGGACGUCCAUCAGAAGGUGGGUGUGGAGCUUCAAAACUCAAUGGCUCAGCAACCUCCGGCUGCAGAGUGAGCCGAACUGAUCCGCUUGCUAAAGAGCUCUGGCACGCUGUUGCGACCGAAGGGCAUAGGCUGUCUCAAGUCGAACUAGAGGGCACAGGUUUGGAUUAUUGUUGGCCUCAUUGAGCAAGCUGACAGUCACCUCUGGCUGGCUCGAGUGCACGCCCUUCCAUCAUAGUGUAAGCUUUGCCC